AUCCUGCUUCCAGCGUCUAACUUCUACCAACUUUCAGCCUUUGUCGUAUGUUGUGAGCUGUCAUGCUUGCACACGGUGUCCCUAGGGAGUCCCACAUAUUUCCACCACCCAGGCGCCAUACUGGCCAUAUUGGCCCACAUGACAAGACAAUGGACACCUAUGCAUCCAAACAUCAAAGACUACAGUCUUGCGGACAAGAACAGCCCUCAAUUGGAUCCAUCAUCAAUGUCUCUGGUCGUGAUAGAGGAUCCAGAUUAUAUGUAGCGCCAAAAGGUAACAAGGACUCUUGUGGACAACCUCAGGUCAACCCGUCCAGUUAUCGUACAGCUAUGGCCUAUUCUAAAAAUCCUCAACCACACCCUCAUGUGAUUCCGCCUCGAUUGCUGAAGCUGUACCCAGCACCGACGGGUAAGCCAAAUCCAAGCUUUAACCAUUCAACCUCUCCCCAGCAGCAGUGCAUUCCUGUAUCUUCCACAUGCGGACGAAUAACCAACACGAAUUCUUUCAUUGUUGACUCGCCAUUGUCGUCUCACCAGAAGCCACAGUCACCUGCAUCUAUUUUAGAUCUAAAGGCUGCGCUGUCCGCCGAGGGCAUUCACAUUGGCAUCCAAUCGAGUGCUUCACACCCGCAGCCUCCCACUGAACCUCAUCUCCGCAUUGAUCAGCAUAAAUCACAAACACUACCAACUCCCACAGAAUCAAUGUCUCAUCAUGACACUCAACCGCUGGGAGUCAAACUGGGCGGCCAUAUGCAAACAUUGAAUUCACCAUCUGAAGCACCCAAGCGACCCCCGGGUUUGCAGUCGCCUGCUGGUCGAGGUGUCGCAUUACCUAUGCCGUCAAUUAACGUCAGCCUUCCUCCACCUUCCAAGGCAAAGGUAGUAGUCAAUGUCCUUGGGUUGACUGGACAGUUGAUUUAGUCAUUGAUAUUGCAGAAAUGGGCUCGUAAAGAACGGUCAUCUGGACCUGAGUGCUCGGUUGCAGAACUUGAAGCUGUAACAAUCAAACCAGAAACCCCCGAACCUUCAAUUUCGUCAAGUAGUGUCAAG